ACUCCAACGGCCCAUUAGCGAAUUACCAAAAUAUCUCAUAACAGUUAUCCAUACCCCAAAAAUCACACAGUAGAGGAGCGAGAGAGAGAACAGAAAGCAAAUCGAGAAUGGAGAAGGAGAGAGAGCAGCAGGUUUACUCGGCAAGACUUGCAGAGCAAGCUGAGAGAUACGAUGAGAUGGUAGAAGCAAUGAACAAAGUUGCAAGGUUGGAUGUGGAGUUGACAGUGGAGGAGAGGAAUCUGGUGUCUGUGGGUUACAAGAAUGUCAUUGGCGCAAGAAGAGCAUCAUGGAGAAUACUAUCUUCCAUUGAACAGAAAGAGGAGGCUAAGGGGAAUGAACAGAAUGUGAAGAGGAUAAAGCAGUACAGGCAGAGGGUUGAAGAUGAACUUGCUAAGAUCUGCAAUGAUAUAUUAUCAGUCAUUGAUCAGCAUCUCAUCCCAUCCUCCUCAACUGGGGAAUCAACUGUCUUUUACUAUAAAAUGAAGGGAGACUAUUAUCGUUAUUUAGCUGAAUUUAGAAGUGCUGAUGAACGUAAAGAAGCUGCAGACCAGUCCCUUAAGGCUUAUGAGGCAGCAACCUCUACUGCUAUCUCAGAUCUGCCUCCAACUCAUCCAAUUAGACUUGGCCUGGCACUUAACUUUUCGGUUUUCUACUAUGAGAUUUUGAACUCCCCUGAAAGGGCCUGCCACCUGGCUAAACAAGCAUUUGACGAUGCUAUAGCAGAACUUGAUAGUCUCAAUGAGGAAUCUUACAAGGACAGUACCCUUAUCAUGCAACUACUCAGGGACAAUCUCACUUUAUGGACCUCAGAUCUGUCAGAGGAAGGAGGUGAGCACUCUACAGCUGUUGAACCCAGGGCAGAGAAUUAGUCAGGAUACUGGAGAUCAAGUCUUUUAAAAUGCCAGAAUGACUUUUUCAGUGGUAGCACAGGGAAUGGUGGACCGUUGGCUUGUAUCUAUAGUUGAACAGAUGUUUUAAGACUGUUGUGCCUUCUUUUCUCUUAGAACACUGGCAACUGGAAUGAUUGUGGUUUGCUUUUUUAAAUUCACAGCUUUUAACAAAUUUACACAUUCUGUUUGUAGCACCUGGCAUAUUUUCCGUCCUGAUUUGUAGA